CUCUUUAAGAACUCCAUGGUUUCCCUAGUGGAGAACUUGGCUUCCAAGGAGCCCUUCUACGUCCGUUGCAUCAAACCCAACGAAGACAAGGUGGCUGGGCGGCUCGAUGAAGCCCACUGUCGACACCAGGUCGCAUACCUGGGGCUACUGGAGAAUGUGAGGGUCCGCAGGGCUGGCUUUGCCUCCCGCCAGCCCUACCCUCGAUUCCUGCUCAGGUACAAGAUGACCUGUGAGUACACGUGGCCCAACCACCUGCUGGGCUCUGACAGGGAGGCUGUGAGCGCCCUUCUGGAGCAGCAUGGGCUGCAAGGCGACGUGGCCUUUGGCCACAGCAAGCUGUUCAUCCGAUCCCCAAGGACGCUAGUCACUCUGGAGCAGAGCCGAGCUCGCCUCAUUCCCAUCAUUGUGUUAUUGCUGCAGAAGGCAUGGCGGGGCACCCUGGCUAGGUGGCGCUGCCGGCGACUAAGGGCCAUCUACACCAUCAUGCGCUGGUUCCGGAGGCACAAGGUGCGCGCUCACCUGGUGGAGCUGCAGAGGCGGUUCCAGGCUGCCCGGCAACCCCCGCUCUACGGCCGCGACCUGGUGUGGCCACCCCCUCCCGCCGUGUUACAGCCCUUCCAGGACACGUGCCACGUUCUCUUCAGCAGGUGGCGGGCCCGGCAGUUAGUGAAGAACAUCCCUCCUUCAGACAUGACCCAGAUCAAGGCCAAGGUGGCCGCUAUGGGGGCCUUGCAAGGAUUGCGUCAGGACUGGGGCUGCCAACGGGCCUGGGCCCGAGACUACCUGUCCUCUGGCACUGACAACCCCACAGCUUCCCAUCUGUUUGCUGAGCAGCUAAAGGCACUUCGGGAGAAGGAUGGCUUCGGAGCGGUGCUUUUUUCCAGCCAUGUGCGCAAGGUGAAUCGCUUCCGCAAGAGCCGGGACCGGGCCCUCCUCCUCACAGACCGGCAUCUCUACAAGCUGGAGCCUGGACGACAGUACCGGGUGAUGCGGGCUGUGCCCCUGGAUGCGGUGACAGGGCUGAGUGUGACCAGUGGACGAGACCAGCUGGUGGUGGUGCAUGCCCAAGGCUAUGAUGAUCUUGUAGUGUGUCUACACCGUUCCCAGCCACCGCUGGACAAUCGCAUUGGGGAGCUGGUGGGCAUGCUGGCUGCACACUGCCAAGGGGAGGGACGAACCCUGGAGGUCCGGGUCUCUGACUGCAUCCCACUCAGCCAGCGUGGUACCCGGCGCCUCAUCUCUGUGGAGCCCAGGCCAGAGCAGCCUGAGCCAGAUUUCCGAUGCAGCCGCAGCGCCUUCACCCUCCUCUGGCCAAGCCGCUGAGCAAGCCAAAGCCAGUCCAGCUUGGCUUCCACACAGUUCUAAAAACACCUGGCCUUGCCUUGGCCACACGAGAGGCCAGGACGUGUCCACCCCUGCCUGGAACAUCACACAAUAAAGAUGCUAUAUUUGUGCCUAGU